ACCAACAGAAGACACUCUGUUUUAUACCUAUAUAGAAAUUGGUCGCAAGUCCCCAUCUCCAAGAGCUCUUUGUUGACUCUGUGGUUCCAGUCGACUUCAGCGCCUGGACCCAGAGCAAAAGCACGUCCUUUAGAGCCGAUCGGUUUCUGGAUCACAAUACUUCGGUGCUGAAUGACGGACGACAAUCUCCAGCCGCAAAAUCUGACAACACGUUGUACCGUCUUCAUUCUGCUCGAUACGAAAACAGUGCCUUGAUGCGUAUUCCAGGCUUCGAACGCACAACUCAUUUCAACAGACACUCAAUCUGCGACGUAUUGACUUACUCCCUACUGCCAUACCACAUCAGCGAGUCAGGUUCGCCACAUCACCGAGCAACAAGCCACAGCAUAAAGCCCCACAACGAUCUCUGCAAAGUUGAAGACGAGCACCAACAGAGCGAAUCGUGGGUGAGAAACAGGCAUAAGAAGUCACGAUCAUGAGUUUCGUGCAAUCCAGCCCUCUCGCUCUUAUGAGCAGGAGUUCCUUCAACAGAAUACAACAGUCGCCUGAUUCCGAUGUCACGCAGAUCGUCGUGGUCAUGGUCGGCUUGCCGGCACGUGGCAAAAGUCUGAUAGCCGGCAAGGUCAAGCGAUAUCUACGGUGGACGUCAGUCAAAGCCGAAGUCUUCAACGUUGGCAAAUAUCGACGGACAGACAAUCCCCAUCCAGAUGCCAAUUUUUUCGAUGUCAACAACACCGAAGGUGAGAAGGCUCGGAAAGCGGCGGCUGAAGCUGCUGUAGCCGACAUGCUCAAGUGGUUCCAAGACAAAGACAAUAAGGUCGCCAUCCUAGAUGCCACGAACUCAACGAAGUCGCGACGGAAAUGGAUUUACGAUAAGAUCGUAGAAGCUAAUCUCCUCCACCUAUUCGUCGAAAGCAAAUGUGACGAUGAGGACCUGAUCAUGUCGAAUAUUCUUGAAGUCAAAACGACGUCCCCGGACUACGUUGGGCAAGAUCCCGAAGAAGCAGCCAAGGACUUCCGCGACAGAAUUCGCAACUACGAGAAGGUCUAUCAGACCAUCGACGAAUCCGAGAAGAACUUGACCUACGUCAAGAUCAUCAACAUUGGUGCUCGCGUGGUCAUCAACCUGAUCCAGGACUACCUGCAGUCGAGGCUCGUAUACUACCUCACCAAUUUACACAUCAAACCCCGCAGCAUCUGGCUAUCACGGCACGGCGAAUCCGAAUUCAAUCUCUCCGGCCAAAUCGGUGGCGAUGCCAAUCUGUCUGAACGCGGCCAGCGAUACGCGAAAAUGCUACCAGACCUCGUCAAGCGCUCUGGUUUGCCCAAGGACGCGCCCUUGACGAUCUGGACGUCGACACUGAAACGCACGAGCCAGACGGCACAACAUCUGCAAAAGGAACUGGGCUGGGAGAAACUGCAAUGGAAGGCGCUCGACGAGCUUGACAGCGGCAUGUGUGAUGGCAUGACGUAUCAAGAAAUUGCCGAAAAGUUCCCCGAGGAUUUCCAGGCCCGCGACGACGACAAGUAUAAUUAUCGGUAUCGAGGCGGCGAGUCGUACCGUGACGUUGUUAUUCGAUUGGAGCCUAUCAUCAUGGAGCUCGAACGGAGUGAGAACAUUAUUAUCAUUACACAUCAAGCGAUUGUUCGCUGUAUAUUUGCGUAUUUCAUGGAGAUCCCGCAAGAAAAGUCGCCGUGGAUGGAAGUGCCGUUGCAUACGCUGAUGAAACUUACGCCCAAGGCGUACGGGACUGAAGUCGAGCGGUUCAAGGCUGAUAUACCGGCCGUGAGCACGUGGAGGCCGAAAGGGUCGACGGCGAAACACCAUGACAGUAUUAGUGAGGGGACGCCGGAGGAUGUGGUCGGUGAGGUGAAGAAGGUGGGUGCUGCGGCAAAUGCACAAGCGAGUGAGAAAUAGAAAGUGCCGGGGCAUUAAAACGCCUGGGCUGCCGUUGCGUGGAAGGAAAGUGAUUAAUAUAACGAAGUGAGGCCUUGGAAGGCAUGCGAGGAGAAGCUAUGGACGAUGAAAUGCUGUCAUGAGCUGUCAUGAAAUGCAGGUGGUAGAUAAACCCGUCUAAAUUUAGGCGAGAUAAAACGCUGGUGCUAUAUAACUCCGUAUCAUCAAUUGAAGGAGUGGCUCAUCUUGAAG